AUGUACGGUUUUGUCGUGGCGACGGUCGAUGCAACACUCGUCCCUCCGCGGUCGGAUCGGCCUUACGAGGGCAUGCUCAAUAUCACGACCGAUAUUACGCCGAUGGCCGGCAUGGAAUAUGACGCGUUCGGUGUCGCCGGAGCCACAGAAUCGCGUGAGCGCGAGGCGCUCUUUGACCGUCUGUUGGAGCGCGCCAUUCGCUACACCGAGGCGGUGGACCGCGAGGCGUUGUGUGUCAUUGCAGGUAAAAAGGUGUGGAGCGUCAACCUGACGCUCCACUUGCUCGCCGACGAAGGUGCGGCCUUUGACGCGGCCGUCUUGGCUGGCAUUGUGGCUUUGCGUCAUUUCCGCCGCCCCGACGUUUCUAUCGCGGAUGGCGAGGUCAUUGUGUACUCACCGGAUGAGCGCGUCCCAGUCCCUCUUGCGUGUCAUCACAUGCCUUUGUGUGUGACCUAUGCCGUGUUCCUGUUGCGGCCCAAGACGGACGAAGAACGGAGCUUGCUGCAUGCCCAGUCACGUACUGCGGCUCCGAAGGACGAGGGUAUGGACGUGGACGAGAGCAAGGACUCUCUUGUACCUGUGGAUGUCCCUGUCGCGCUCCUUGACCCUUCGCUGUUGGAGCAGACGCUGGCGCACACGAGUAUCACUUUUGUGAUCAACGCACAGCGGGAGGUGUGUGUCUUGGACAAGGCCGGCGGCGCGCCGCUUCCCUAUCAAACCAUUCUUGCGCUCCUCGGCGAUGCUGCAAAGCGCGCGGCGGAGCUUGCAAAGCUGGUCGAAAAGGCACUGGCAGACGACGCCAGCCAUCGCAUAGUCUCUGUACAGUAG